CCUUUUAACAACGGCUGGAGCGGCGGCCAAUCAGCGUGCAGAGAUGGCAAGGGGGUGUGGUUGGCAGGCAGCCCGUCUCCCUUCCACCUUCUUGUUUGCCAGGUUCGGGUCCAUAACAAUCUGGACAGUGGUGAGCGGAGUGUGCGGGCACUGCUGUCCUCUGGAGCUCCUCCUGGCACCCUGAUCGGCACUGUACGCUGCCUGGCACUGCGCAAUCUCCCUGGCGAGCCGCCAAGUGCGCGAUUGAAGUUACACUGAAGUUUACUGGGUGGCACUUACUGCUGGCACGACGGGCCCCAGCGCUGAUCAUCUGGCGGCUCACCUGUGAUCUCUAGGAGGAGUGCAUGGCAGAAUCUGUGCCAGCCUUUACCACCUCUUAACCCUUCACCUGCAGCCUCUACCUAACCUCUCAGCAUGGGUGACGAGCACGACCUUCCCCCUGGUGCGGUGGACAUAUACGAUGAACGUCUUUACUUCGCCAUCCUCUGUGGCAAACCAAAGACCACUCCAAGUACACAUUAUUUCUCCAUCGACGACGAACUUCUAUACGAAAACUUCUAUGCUGACUUUGGACCUCUUAACCUGGCCAUGCUGUACAAAUAUUGCUGCAAGCUAAAUAAAAAAAUGAAGUCCUUCUCUCUGACAAAGAAGAAAAUCGUCCACUACACCAACUGUGACCCGAAAAAACAAGCCAACGCUGCCUUUUUAAUAGGAAGUUAUGCUAUAAUAUACUUGAAGAAACUCCCAGAAGAAAUGCACAGACUUUUGCAGAUGGGAAAUGUCACCUACCUUCCAUUUAGGGACGCCUCAUUUGGUACCUGUAGUUUUCAUUUAACGCUUCUUGACUGUUUCCAUGCUGUGCACAAGGCUUUGCAGUAUGAAUUCUUUGAUUUUGGAACAUUUGAUCUGGAGGAAUACCAACACUAUGAAAGAGCUGAAAAUGGAGAUUUCAACUGGAUAAUUCCAAAAAAAUUUCUAGCCUUCAGCGGACCCCAUCAAAAAAGCAAAAUGGAAAACGGAUAUCCUCAUCAUGCCCCAGAAGCUUAUUUCCCAUACUUUAGAGAACACAACCUUACUACAAUCGUUCGCCUGAAUAAGAAGAUGUACGAAUCAAAGCGGUUUACGGAUGCUGGCUUUGAACAUCACGACCUGUUCUUUGUUGAUGGAAGUACGCCAAGUGACCCCAUAUUAAAGAAGUUCCUGAAUAUCUGUGAAAAUUCAGAAGGUGCUAUAGCUGUACAUUGUAAAGCUGGUCUGGGGAGGACGGGUACGCUGAUAGCUUGUUACAUGAUGAAGCAUUAUAGAAUGACUGCUGCAGAAACCAUUGCUUGGAUCCGAAUAUGUAGACCCGGCUCUGUAAUUGGCCCUCAGCAACAGUUCCUGGUAGACAAGCAAACAAGUCUUUGGAACGAGGGUGACAUUUAUCGCAAAAAGAGAAGAGAGCAAGAAAAUGGCAACAAAUUAGCAGUAACCUUUAUUCUCUCCGGGGUGGACGAUAUCUCACUUUGUGAUGAUCUAGGCAAAGCUUCUGGCAAAGAAGAUAUUGAGCUGUACAGCGAUGAUGACGAUGAGACCAUCAGCAUGACACAGGGGGAUAAACUCCGUGUCUUAAAAAGUAAGAGACAGACAAGGACGUCCUCUGCGGCCCCACUCUCAGUAAUUCUACAGUCCAGUGUGCAGAAUCCCAGGUCAGAUUUAUCUGAGAGUUCAUGCAUUACAAAAAGGACAACCAGGUCUUCUACAGGAGGCAGCACAUUGAGAGGCGUGAUUCCUGAGCGGAAGAAAAGGAUUGCUUUGCACCAAAUACGCUUAAUGAAAUUAUGCCACACAGUUCCACGGACUCGGACAGUGUUGCGAUAAAUAAAUCUGCUAGGACACAAGAUUGCUUUCCUGGAAGGCCAUAAAGGAGACGAUGAAAGAAAAGAAAAUGCAACCUCCUUCGGGCUUUUAUCCCACCUUACAAAAAAAAAAAUGGAUCCAUCUUCUGCUGUUUUUUGUUUUUUUUGUUUUGCCUUUACCAGCAGGAAGAGGAAAACCCAUAUUAGUGGCUUCACACGCUGUAGAUUUACAUUUGGUACCCAGAUGGGGAGGCAGUCUUUGUGCAUGCAGCAGGCUGCGAGGCAUGUCCAUUGUGAUGGCAAUCAUUUCAUACGAGCACUGCACUUCUAUCUGUACAGCAACCUAUGUGCUGAAGAACUUCCCAAAAAGAAAUCAUGCAGCACGUUACAUUGUCUUGACGGUCAACCAAUCUUGAUUUUUCCUUGUUUUAAAAGGAGACUUUCCAUGUACGUUUAUGUAUACAUAUAUAUAUAUAUUUACCAGAUGUCUAACCUAAAUACGUUCUAACUCGCAAUACCAAAUGGUUUCUCACAACUACUGUGGAAGACAGAAGAUGGCUGGGCCAGGUCUCCCUACAGGAAUUCCAAUUAACUGGAAACUCUUUCGUUCACGUGUAGUUUGGUAGGCCGAGCUAUUCAUGAAAGAAUGUGCUUUUAAGAAGGGACUUCAAUAUGGAAGUUUUUCAUUGACUUUCCUGUAGAAGUAGACAUGAAAGAUGUCCAAAAUGAAGACAAUUUUUGAGGGCUUCAAAUUAUGUGAAAUAUGUAAAUAUUGGAAAAAAUUUAUUGGAUUUAAUUUUACGUUGUUUCUUUUACUUUUGUGGCAAGAACCUGGCUGUGAUUCAGAUAAAUGAGUAUUAAGAAUGAAAUCCAUCUAAUGGAGUCCAAUGCUUGUGUUGUCCCUUAGUAUCUAAUCAUAUGGAAAUUUACAAAAGGGUCUAAAUUAUGUGACAUGUAUAGUCUUAAAUAACUUUUAGAACUCACCGUCAGGCUGGAGUCACAUGAUGCAGAUUGUUAGGGCAAAGCCAAGGGUGGAUUUCGAGGAAGCAAGAAAUAUAAAGUAAGGGUUUGUACUUCUGCUCUAUGCUUGAUCCACUUCUGUUUUCUGGCUACCUAAUAUAGUCCCUGAGUACUCUGAAGUGAUAUGGGCUGUAUGGACUGUAUUACAGCUACAUCUGAGCAUCCAUAUUAAAGGGACAACACCAGGACAAUAUGAAAGCAAUAUUAACACUAUGGAAAAAUAAUUGUCUUAAAGCGUACCUGUCAGAUCCCACAAAAAAACUUAUGUUACAUGUAAAUGAUCCGGAUGAGGUACGGAGUAAUUUUUAUGUCUCUCACCCAUAUUUCACUAAAAAAAUAACAUAUUACAGCUGGUCAAUGUCUUUUCCAUCUUGUUAAAGGGAGGGGCGUGUCCUCUCUUCCAUGCACUGAUGACCCCCCCCCCCCCCCCCCCCCCCCCUACAUAGUAACAUAGUUCAUAAGGUUGAAAAAAGACCAGAGUCCACCAAGUUCAACCUAUAAUCCUAAUGAGUCCCUACUGAGUUGAUCCAGAGGAAGGCAAAAACCCUCAUACUAGAGGUAAAAAUUUCUUCCCGACUCCAAAUAUGGCAGUCAGAAUAAAUCCCUGGAUCAGCGUUCUGUCCCUAUAAAUCUAGUAUACAUAACCAGCGAUGUUAUUACUCUCCAAAAAUGCAUCCAGACCCCUUUUGAAUUCUUUUACAGAGUUCCCUAUGACCACCUCCUCUGGCAGAGAGUUCCAUAGUCUCACUGCUCUUACAGUAAAGAACCCCCAUCUGUGCUGGUGUAGAAACCUUCUUUCCUCUAGACGUAGAGGAUGCCCCCUUGUUAUAGAUACAGUCCUGGGUAUAAAUAGAUCUCUGUACGGUCCCCUGAUAUAUUUAUACAUAGUUAUUAGGUCUCCUAAUAACUCUUUUUACAGGAGUGUUCUUAGCCUUCCCCUAUGUGCCUACAGCUUUAGAAAAACUACUUCCAGCAUGCCCAGACUUCUUUUGUCAAGGCAUGCUUAAAGUUGUAGCUUUGCAACAGCUGGAGGCACAUGAUUGGUAAACUCUGUGUUACAGCAGUGUUGCUGCAGGCUGUGUUCCUCCUGCAGCCAUGUCAAUCAGCCAUCUUGUAUCCAUGACCCUUGUGGGACUCAUCAGUGUCCCAGGAGGUAUGGGGACCCCUAGUGGUGGGAUUUUCAAAGGCAGUUUUCUUUAAUACAAUGUGAUUUUUUUUUAAAGUAUAUUAGAAAAUGUAUUAUUGUUUUGUCAAAAUCUACAACAUAUAAAGUUUUUAUAUCUGACAGUCCCCUUUAAAAGACCCUUGUAUAUUGAUCCAUUUGUUCCGUGCUUGUACUUAGAAAUUGAGCUAUGCGGUAUGUGCAAAUGUUUUUUCUGCAGUAAAAUACGCUGCCCAUAUAUCAGUCCAUAAGAUCUCUGGUUCAGGGACCACAUUUUUACACUUUGGAAACAAAACAGGUUUACAAUAAAGACUAAAGAAGAGCUAAUAUGAAGUUCUUUAAAGUGACUCUGACAGCGGAGGUCACCCAUACUAACUUGCCGUACAGGGUAAUAGUGUAAGUGAUGCUGAUCACAGCAUUGGUUUUCUUUUUUGCAUAUGUCGCGCUGCUUAGGAGAUAUGGUAAAAAUAGGAAUAUGCAGAUGAGUAUGUUUGUUGCACUGGGGCGAUUCCCAAGCCCCUAAGAUCUCACAGCACAUAGGAUGCUACUACUAAGGGGGUUUAUGGAUGUUUAUUAAGGGGUGUUCUUACUGAACCUGCUGGCGAGCAUAGUGCUUCAGACAUACUCAUUCCUAUAGAACUCCAUUCACCAUAACACCUAACACUGAUGUAGGGGAAAAACCUGCACUAUUACCCAAUACCAGCAGGUUAGUAUGGGUGACCCCUUAAGUAAAGGAUAUUAUGUACAAUAAUUGGAUAGUUUGGGAUAUUAUCUAUUAUUAAUUUAGAAUGCAUACAUUGCCUAAUUCUAACAACUAUUCUCCCACUGGUUUACAAUACGGUUACUUUGGAACAUCUGAAAUUCAGAUAAAAUCUGGAAGAUGUUCCAUUUCAGUCAUUUUUUAUAUGGCAUAAGACAACUGGAAUGGAACUUCUUCCCAAUUUUAUCAGAAUUUCUAAUGUCUAAUUUGAACAGAUUAUUGCUGCUCAUUUAAAGUGUUGUACAGGAUUGGAAAAGAUGGCUGUUUACUAAGGUUAUGUUCACAAUAGCGUUUGGAGCGAUGUUCUCUGAUUCUGUAAUAAUGAUUGGACCUUGGAGGAGAAGAAAAAUCCUGCCAGUCGUUUUUUUUUUCUCCGCUAAAA